ACAUGGAACCUAUUCAGCCAACCAUAUAAAAUAUGAGGGAAUCUUGAGGACCUCACUUCAGUCUUGGAGAUCCACCGAGGAACAUCUCCUGAGACGCAACACAUCAAGAGAGAGAGUGCAGAAGAACCGAGAAGAGAUGGCAUGGCUGAAGGCUCUCCUCUACCUCACAACCAUCUCCAUGGUUCAGGGGUUGCCGGCUUUUCUGCAAGCAAACCAAAAAAGAAUUCCUCUUCAGCAAUCUAAUCACGGAUUAAGAACCUCAAGCAGUCUGGAUGGACAAGCCUACUCUCACAAUAUGAAGUACUCGCCUUUCAUGAUGCAGCUCUAUCAGACCCUCAUUAUGGGCAACGACACGGGUCUGUCCACCCUGGAGCAUUCCGUCCUUCAAGACUCAGACACCGUCCUAAGCCUCACUGCUAAAAGAUGCACCAAGAAGGGCAAUCAUCGAUCCCUCUACUUUGACAUGUCCUCUCUCUCAAGCAGUAUUGAGAUUCGAUUGGCAGAGCUAAGGAUUCACCUUCCUUCUUCAGAGAAAACACAAGAUAUGGAACUGCAGGUCUAUCACAGCAAAGAAGGUUCCAAGAGCCUGCGUCUGGGAUCCUUUGACAUUGAUUCCUCUAUCACACUGGGUGGCUCCUGGAAAGUCUUCAACCUCACCAAAAUUUUGAAUACUUCUCUCCCCCGGCAUCACAGUUCCGAUUAUGAAGACUUCACAGGGGGCGAAGGCUCAACACAGAGGGAUCAUGAGAACAGCUGCACAGACAUAUCUACUGACAGAGUUGUACUGAUGGUGUUCACCAAGGAUAAUCCUUCUGCCAAAGUCAAUGGAUAUCCCAACCUCAUCCAAACAGUGGAGGCCUCUAAAUAUGUGAUGACACCAGAAACAUCAAGCGAACAAGGUAUUAAGAAACAAAGGAAGAACAGAAACAUAAAACACAGCAUCUUGAUGAACAACUUCCCAUCCAGAACCAUAGAAAAUGGAAAACCCCUGUGCCGAAGGGUUGAUAUGAUGGUGGACUUUGAGAAGUUCGGGUGGGGGAACCUGGUUAUCUACCCCAAGAAGUUCAAUGCCUACAGAUGUGAAGGAGCCUGUCCCAUUCCUUUGAGUGAGAUGUUCAAACCAACCAACCAUGCCUACAUUACGAGUUUGGUGAAGCUUUACAAUUCAGAGAAAGCUGAAUGCUCCUCCUGUGUCCCGGUGAAGAUGAGACCCUUGUCCAUGCUAAUGUAUGAAGAUGGAGAUGUGGUCAUGAAGCACCAUGAAGAUAUGAUUGUAGAGGAAUGUGGAUGCCACUGAGGAUCAACAA